AUGAAGAGAGGAGAGAAACCAGAGGGCUACAGGCAGAUGAGACCCAAAACGUUCCCAGCCAGCAACUACAGCGGCAACAGCCAACACAUGCUGCAGGAAAUCCGUAACAGUUUGCGAAAUCUCUCGAAGCCGUCAGACCCACCUAAAGUGGACUUUAGUGGGAAAAUGCUCCCGGAGGACAUACGGCAACAGGGUCGCUGCUUCAACCCCAAGAACCCUCAUCAUAAGGCCUUGCGGUCGAUCCGCGAGUCCUUGAUGCCUUUUGCAAAUGAGCCCGGCACUUCAGCCGAGCUCAACAAACACAUGUCAGUGGAGCCUCCGUUUGCUGGCUUCGAGGAGACGGCUGGUCGCAGUGUGGGGUCCGCUGUCGACUACAUGACAAAAAUGAACUACCAGGACUCGCUGAGGGAACAGAUGGUUGUCCCCAAUCCAAGCACUGCAUGCCUCAAAGCUCCAGGUGCAGCUCACAUGCAACAGUCCUUACUGAGGAGACCCAGCUGGAAAGGGUCGAAAGAAUCCCUGGCUCCUCGACACGCAAUGGUGUACCGCUCAGAUAGUCCAGGGCCCCCUCCCGCCUUUCCGCAAAGUCACUCUGUCAACAGCCAGAGAGUCAAUCCUCCCCUGCCACCGCAAGUUCGUAGCGUCACGCCUCCUCCCAACCGUGGACCGAUGCCCUCGGCGUCUUCCUGGGACAGCAACCCGUCGACCAAACGCUACUCUGGCAACAUGGAUUAUCUCGUGCCUCGCAUCUCCCCGGUGCCUCAGGGGGCCUGGGCUGACGGUUAUCCCACAGCGUCGCCGCAGAACCAGCGUGGGAUGAGCCCGGUUCCAAUGGGUCAAAUGCCCAUCAUCAUGCAAAGCUCCGGAGGAAAUAAAUUUAACUUCCCAUCAGGCUGGUCUCAGAAUGGCUCAUCUCAGGCAGACCACAUGGCAGGAGGCAGUAGGCAGCCUCCUCCCCCUUACCCGGUCAACCAAAGCAGCAGACACAGUCCCACUGACCAGCAGCUGCAGGCCGGCGGGCCCGCUUCUUCUCCGUCGUACGUUAACGGUGGCAGCAUCCCUCAAUCCAUGAUGGUUCCCAAUCGGAACAGUCACAAUCUUGAUAUGUACAACAUAGGGCCUCCCCAUUCCUGGUCUCAGGCUCCCAUGGCCUCUAACCAGCCCCAAUCUUCUUCAGGCAGCAGCGGCAACCAGGAUCUAUCUCCGUCAUGGCAGCAUAACAUGCUAGUGCGCUCCAAUUCCUUUAAUAGCAGAGCAGCCCACCCUGCCAGCUCCCAGCCAUCCGCUACUACGGUCACCGCGAUCACACAAGCCCCCAUCCUGCAGCCGGUUAAAAGUAUGAGGGUUCAAAAACCUGAACUGCACACUGCUGUUGCGCCCACGCACCCGCCUUGGAUGCAACAGGCCGCUUCUGCCGCCCCUGCUUACCUGGAGCCCUCUGCAACAGUUCCUCAGAUUCCUGUUGUAGCAGAAGUACCCAGUUACCAAGGCCCACCACCACCUUACCCCAAGCACCUCCUCCAACAGCAAACUGCACCAUCACCUCCCGCGUAUGACCAAGGGGCUAGUAAGCAUGGCGCAAGCAGGGAGGAACCUGUGGACGACGGGGGUACCUCAGGAGACAACAGCACACGGGAGAAAGUAGCAGAAAGUCCUGAAAGCAGCGCCGCAACGGAAAAGGAGAACAAGCAGAUCACAACAUCGCCCGUUCCCGUGCGUCGCAACAAGAAAGACGAAGAGCGAAGGGGGGAGUCGGGCCGUGUUGCUUUGUACUCCCCGCAAGCUUUUAAGUUCUUCAUGGAACAACACGUGGAGAACAUCCUGAAGAACCAUCAGCAGCGCAUCCGCAGGAGGAAACAACUGGAGAGUGAGAUGCAAAGGGUGGGGUUGUCGUCCGACGCUCAGGAGCAGAUGCGUAUGAUGCUCUGCCAAAAGGAGUCCAACUACAUUCGGCUAAAGCGGGCCAAGAUGGACAAGUGUAUGUUCAAACGAAUCAAGACCCUCGGCAUCGGGGCCUUCGGCGAAGUGUGUCUGGCCCGGAAAGAGGACACGGGGGCACUAUACGCCAUGAAGACCCUCCGGAAGAAGGACGUGCUGCUUAGGAAUCAGGUGGCCCACGUUAAAGCUGAGAGGGACAUCCUGGCUGAGGCAGACAACGAGUGGGUGGUACGCCUCUACUAUUCUUUCCAGGACCGGGACAACCUAUACUUUGUAAUGGAGUACAUCCCCGGGGGCGACAUGAUGAGCCUCCUAAUCCGGUUGGGCAUCUUCAAGGAGGAGCUGGCUCAGUUCUACAUCGCCGAGCUCACGUGCGCCGUUGAGAGCGUCCACAAAAUGGGCUUCAUCCACCGAGACAUUAAGCCAGACAACAUCCUUAUUGACAGAGACGGACACAUUAAGCUCACCGACUUUGGCCUCUGCACUGGAUUCCGCUGGACUCACGACUCUAAAUAUUACCAGAGUGGGGACCACGUGAGGCAAGACAGCAUGGACUUCAGUAAGGAAUGGGAAGAUCCAACCAACUGCCGUUGCACGGACCGUCUUAAGCCUCUGGAGAGAAGAAAGGCCAGACAGCACCAGCGCUGCCUGGCUCACUCCUUGGUCGGGACGCCCAAUUACAUUGCACCUGAGGUUCUACUUAGAACAGGAUACACACAGUUGUGCGAUUGGUGGAGCGUGGGUGUCAUUUUGUAUGAGAUGGUGGUCGGACAGCCUCCCUUCUUAGCAACCACACCUCUGGAAACACAGCUAAAGGUGAUCAAUUGGAAGAGCACCCUUCACAUCCCCCCGGCCGUCAAACUCAGCCCUGAGGCGUCCGACCUCAUCGUCAAGCUGUGCCGCGGCCCCGAAGACCGCCUCGGCAGGAACGGCGCGGACGAAAUCAAAGCCCACCCUUUCUUCCGGACCAUCGACUUUUCCAGCGACUUGCGGCAGCAGGCGGCGCCAUACGUGCCCACCAUCGCUCACUCCACGGACACGUCUAACUUCGACCCCGUGGAUCCCGAGAAGCUGUGGAGCGGCGACAGCGACGGUGAGGAUGACCGCGGAGACACGGGCUGCUGGUUUCGAAACGGCAAACACCCCGAACACGCCUUCUACGAGUUCACUUUUCGACGCUUCUUUGACGACAACGGACACCCGUAUAGCUGCCCGAAGCCCAUCGCGUACGAGGGCCUCAACGAAGACGAGGCCGACUCAGAGGGCCCCGAGCGGGAGACCCCCGACAGCCCGCCUCCUCAGGGCCGGGACCUUGUCUAUGUGUAG